UUCUCUUUCAAUUUCAAUUCCUCAAAUUGCGUAAUUUUUUCAAGUUUCACAAGAUAGAGAGAACCAUGAUAAUCCAAGAGGAAGAAGACCAGCAAUCAAAGAUUUUAUACGACCUAGUUUCCAUGAUCAUCAACACUCUCAAGCUCCCUCCAUUACCCUUCCCUUUCUCCACUCCAUAUCCAUCCUAUUCUCCAUCUUCUGCGUCUUCAUCUACGUCUAAGACACAGCCGUGGUGGAUGACAGUGUUGCUAAAAUUCCCGUAUGAUUCACCGGCAGUAUUGGUGUCUCUUUUUCUGUUCGUAUGCUUAGCUUUGAUGCUUUUUGGAUCGGUGAUUUUCUUGACUGGGUUGCUUUUGUUGCCGUGGAUUACUGUUUUAGUGGUGGUUUUCUAUGCUGCUGCUUUUGUUUCCAAUGUGUCCUUCAUGGGUCGUUUUGUUCUUGGUUCUAUUGGGGUUGCACUUGCACGAGGGUGUUCAAGAGGAGAUAAGGCCAACAUACUGCUAAAGCGCUAGGACGGAAAAUAUUUGUCAGAAAAAGUAAGGUUAAUUAGGUACAUCUGCUAUGAUAAUGUCAAUUAAGAGAGUCUUGUUACUGAGAAUUCUUAUUGGUACAGUUUACAUUUGCAAGAACUUCUGUAUUUUCAUUUAGUUACUUAGUUAAAUUGUGAUUUCUCCAUUCAACUGUUUUUCAGAUUGUGGUAUGUUUUAUUGACAUGUAUUUUCUUCACUUAAAAUUUGGUCUAAAAUCUAAGUACCAUGGUUUGAAAUUGCUGUUGUGGUUAAGGGAGUUGCAAUUGUAAUCGUUGCAAUUGUUGUGACGCGUAUUGCAGCCUUUGUAGCGAGAAUUUAGAUUGAAACAUAUUUGAAAUAUAUUUAAUCUUAAGAUUUUUCAUUACAUCGAAAUUUGAAGGCGUUGAAAUUUUGAAUUUUGAUGAAAAUAUUUAAAAUGGGUGGAAUUGUUUAUAUGGUUCCUAAUGUUGUCGUUACGUGAUUUAAAACACAUCACAAUUGCGAUCUGAUGUGGUUGCAGAGAAAACCACAUCCGCAAUAUUGCGGACCACAAUUUAAAAAUUUAAAACCAUGCCAAGUAUUGACACUGAAUUCCUUGAACAAUUCAAUUAGGAACCAAAUGAUUUGAUGAUCUGUAAUGGUAGCAAGAGAAAUGUCAACAUACAAAUUGUUGAAUACAAAUUUAAAACUCACCACUAAGAGACAGGUGGAUAUAUUAUACAAUAUGAUGACUUAACCACUACCAAUAUGAACUUUAAUGGCAACAAGAAAGAUGACCAUA